UAUAUCAAAAGAUAAACAUUCAGUUUUGUGCGCGAUAGUCCCAUGUCAUCGAUCUUCCAGCCCUUGCCACGCUUUCCCAGUUUCAGCAGUGUGUUGGGGACGAGUCGUCAGUCACACGGCCGUACCACGGACAGGAAUGUAAAAUAAAACCAUACAUCAACAAAAAAAAAUGCGGUGGAAGAGAACGGCUUUGUUAAAUGUGGUGCUAGUGGUGGCCACGUCAGCGCUGCACCUCACUGUAGAACAAGGGAUAAACAAUGAUCAGAUCAGUACCAGCCCUGCUACCAUCGACGAAACGCCAAAUUCGGUGCUUGUUCAUACCAUACAACAUUCUGAGGAUUUUGCAGUGGGUGAUGAAACAAUAGACGCAGUUGCUGAUAACACAACGAAAGAGAAGCCUACAACAACACAAUCUAACUCUUAUUCCAAUAGCGAUAGCGUCGCAUACGCAGAUGAGCCAAUUGGCCACAAAGAAAAGAGGAUGAACACUGAAAGUUUGCACGAUAGAACAGGCGACGGGGGUGGCGACGAUGAAGGCGAUACCGAUGGAGGUAACGGUGACGAUACUAAUGAUGAUACAUUUGUUGUGGAGACAACGUCUGGUAGAGUGCGUGGUCACUUCUGGCGCGAAAACGAAAAAAUUAUUAGCUACAUUGAUAUAAAAUAUGGCACUUUCGACAGUCCAUUUGAGGCUUCGGUAGCACCAAACAAAUCAGCUGAAGUUCAUGCAUUGAAGGAGCAUUCAUCUCAAUGUCCGCAGCUACAAAAUGAUAAAGAUGUCGGAGAUAAAUACGUCGGAGAUACAGACUGUUUGACAUUGAGCAUCUUCAAACCACCGAAUGUUAAAAAUGCGAGUGUCCUUGUUCACAUCCACGAGGGGAAUUUCAUUGGAGAAAGCGCAGAUCCUGCAAUAUACGGUCCGGAAUAUUUGACCGCAAAACAAAUUAUUCUGGUGUUACCUAAUUAUAGACUAGGACCGCUCGGAUUCCUCUGUUUGCAAAAUAAAAUUGCUCCCGGAAACGCAGCUUUAAAAGAUUUAUCUUUAGCGUUGACUUGGGUGAAGACGAAUAUUGAGAAAUUUGGUGGGAACCCUCACAAUAUAGCAGUAAGUGGCAUUGGCACCGCGGGUGCGUUGGCUGGAUAUCUGGCUCUGUCUCCAAUGUCAAGUGAGAAUGUCCACAAAGUUAUCAUAGAAAGUGGUUCAGUUUUAUCUCAUUGGGCAAUAGACAGAGAUCCCAUCGAUACAGCAACGCGUUUAUCCAGUAACAUUGAAAAUUUUAAAUCGUUUGAGGGUGUAGAUCUAAAACAACUAUUGAAAGCUGCCAAAAACAUUGCGUUGAGACCAUGUUUAGAAAAAACCGAUAAUCCUUUUAUGACUGAAACUCCGUGGAAAGUUUUAGGAAAAAAGGAAAUUAAAAUCCCCUUUAUGAUGGGUACCACAAAAUAUGCUGGCGUGCAUGAAUUUUUAAGUCAUAAUUCAAAAAGCAUUCAAGAAUUAAAUAAAGAUGUCGGUCUUUUGUUGCCGAACGAUUUACACUUCACAAGCGACGACGAAAGAACAAGAAUUGGCAAUAAAGUAAAAACUGAGUAUUUUGAUGAUAACGAUAUUACCAUGGAUAGCGUGGAACCACUGACACUGUAUUACACUGAUGCUGCAUAUCUUGGUCCUGCAAUACGCACUGCUCGACCCUUGGUGGGCUCUGGAGCAACGGUAUACUUCUAUGAGUUUUCUUUUGUGGGCGAAUUUAACAGGGAAUUGCAUGCUGUCGAAAGUCCGGUAAAUGGUGCAGUGAGAGGUGACACCAUCGGUUACAUAUUCACUCAAGAUGGAGACAAGCCAGCCGAAAAUACAGACGAGCUGUCAACGGUGGAGCGCCUGGUCGAAUUGUGGACCAGUUUCAUCAAUACAGGUACGCCGACCGGUGCUGACAUAACUUGGGAGAAGUUUGACAACGAGGACCCUUCCGAAGAACAGUGGCUAUCGAUCGACACAAAGGUGACUCCGUCGAAGGGCUUGCACGUAGACCGCAUGAAGCUGUGGACUGACAUAUACAAGGAGUACUUCGUAGAGAGGAGCCUCGCCUACGGGAUGUCUCCCAGUGUCUGCACCGUGCUCGUCCUUCAAGCUGUGUUCUUUAUCACCUUCUUUAGGCACGCCUGGCAUUUCUUCUGACGGACCAGUUUAACCAUUUACUUGAUACUAAUUAGUUGUUAAUUCAUCGUGACAAAAGCCAUGUACUUUUAAUAAUGUAAAGGUAUAUUUUGAUUAAAUCGUGUACACAUGU